UCCGGGAGGGGCCCGCUGGAGCAGCCCGCAAGAGAGCUCCGAGACUGGCGAGCAGGACUGGGCGGCGGAGGCGGCUCUCUCCUGCGUCCCCAGCCAGCGGCCGCCGCCAUGGUGCCCAACCAGCUGAGACUCUCCGCGGCCGCACGUGGCCAUGGAGGCUAUGAUUCUGAUUUUAGUGAUGAGGAGAAUGGAGAGAAGACUGUGCAAAAGACUAAAAGUAAAAAGGAAGACAGCCUUCUGAUAAAGCCAUUUCAAAAGGGAAAGCAAGGAAGUGCAGUUCACAGACAAUUCGCAGCUGAAGAAUGGGAUAGGGAAGAAGCAAGAAAAAGAAGAUUUCAUCUGAUAUCAAUGGAUGCUUAUGAAAGACAUAAAAAGUUUGUCAGUGACUACAUUUUAUACUAUGGUGGCAAAAUCGAAGAUUUCCGACGUUCUGGAGCAAAUGACAAGACGGAUCUUGAUGUCAUUAGAGAAAACCAUAGAUUCCUGUGGAAUGAAGAUGAUGAAGCAGACAUGAAUUGGGAGAAGAGGCUUGCGAAGAAGUACUAUGAUAAAUUGUUCAAGGAAUACUGUAUAGCAGAUCUCAGUAGAUACAAAGAGAAUAAGUUCGGAUUUAGAUGGCGGCAUGAGAAAGAAGUAGUUUCAGGAAAAGGUCAGUUUUCCUGUGGAAAUAAGCAGUGUGAUGAGCAAGAAGGCCUGAAGAGCUGGGAGGUGAAUUUUGGCUACGUAGAACAUGGUGAAAAAAGGAAUGCACUUGUGAAAUUGAGACUGUGUCCAGAAUGUUCCUACAAACUAAACUUUCAUCACCGGAGGAAAGAAGUCAAAGCACGCAAGAAAAAAGGCACAACUGUACUGACCUCUAAAGAGCCAAAAACUAAGAAAACAAAAUUGUCUUCUUCAGCAAAAAAUAAGUCAAAAAAAAAGAUUCAUAAAGAUCAGACUUCUUCAGAGGAUUCAGAUAAUUCUGAUAAAGGUUCAGAUAACAGCGAUGCACAAGAUGGUCCUUCAGAUGCUGACUUUUGGAAAGGUCCUCUACAAGAACCAGAUGAAAAAUCACGGGAGGAGGAGUUCGAUGAGUAUUUUCAAGACUUGUUUCUCUGAAACUUGACAUUUAUCUAUGCUGAUUUUCUUCAUGAAUUGUGAAGGUGAAAGUCUGGAAAUUCAGUCAUAAUUAAGGAGAUGUCUUUUUGUUAGCAUACCUUUUUCUACAGUCACACAUAUGGACCAUCUCAGUAGAUAGUCUUUGUAGAAGGCUUCAGGUCUAAAAACUUUUUUUUUCUUGUGAUAGGCUGUAUACUCUUAAGAGUGUAAGUGCAAAAACAUAAAUAGCACUCAAAAGAUGUAAACAAACAAUAUAGUUUAUUGACAUUACAUUAAGGAAGUUGGUUGCUUUUUGUUUUAUCCCAAACAUCUGUUACUGUCAGAUUUUUGUAAAGGGGCAUUUUGGAAGAUGCUGUUCUUAGCUUGAAGUCAUACAUUUUAAUAUAUUCAUAUUUCUAACUUAUUAAACAAGAGUGAAUACCCUUAACUCUAUUGGUCAUUUAUUAGUCUCUGUGAGUAUUUUUUGAAUGUUAAUGGAGAAGUUCAGUUGUUGGUUUUUUCCUUAAGUAAACUCUAUCUGAAAUGUCUGCCCUACUUUCUAGAAAAGUUUAGUUCCUUGUGACUUUGUUUUAAAUUUUAGUUACAAUACAAUGUGAAGGAUAAUUCCACUUACAAAAAAUCUUGUUGGUUGGUGACUUUUUUGAUGUAAAAAAAUAAAAUGUGCAGCUUUCUGUACAUGUGGCUUGUAGAUUAUCUAUGGUUUCUGAUCUCCUUAAGAUUGAUUGAAUGUUAAUCCUUCUUUAAGGUGUAAUUCUAAAUAUACAAGUAAAGAAUGUAUAUUGCUUAAGAAACCCACUGGAUUAGUUCUCUUCUUUAAAUUGCAACACAACUUUAAACAUUCUUUAUUAUGUAUUGUUUCCAAAGAAACAAUCUGCAUGUGCAUAGUUAGAGUGGCUAUUUUCUUUGUUGGGUGAAAAUU